AUUUACCAAAUCAGAAUCCAACUCCACCAGCUAAUCCAGAAAUAGAAUUUCUCGAAGCAUUGGGAUUAUUUGAUCCUCCAGAAAUUGCUGAGCCUAUUCCAUCUCCAGAAGCUGAAAGAGAAUUUUUCGAAGCAUUAGGAAUAUUAGAACCUAUUCCACAAUUUCAUCAAACUGAUAUUAUUAGUUAUGGAUGUGAAUUAUUAGAUGACCAUUAUCAAGUUGAGAUAGGAAAAGAAAGCAUAUAUGCACAAGACCCUAUCAAUACGCUUGGGGUGCUUAGGGAACAAAUAAUAAAUAUUUUCAAUAAUCGAUUUGACCUCACACAUGGGUUCAAAACACGAUUAUGCCUCACAGGAAAAAUGAGUCGAUCAGCAAAUUAUCAGCAGGGGUUAUUUGACGAUGAAAUAGAAGAAGAUAAUGGUGAAGAAGAUUAUAAAGAAGUUCCAUUCAAAAAUAAAGCAGUAGUAGUAACUGCUAAAGAAGAUAUCCCAAGAAUCGUAGACGAACUUAUUUGGGAUAUUGAAAAUCGAAUAGAAACCUAUGUUGUUGAUGGCUCAGGCUGGGUUUUUGAAGUAUCGGAAGAAGUGAAUAUUGAAAUGCCAAUUUUCGUUCCAUUAACUGCUAGUUCUCAUCUCCCACUACCUAAGGGAAUUCCCAAACGAAAGAAUGGAAUUAUUAAUAUUAAAAAUGAGGAUGAUCAUUGCUUUGAAUAUUGUAAUCUUGCAGAACUUUUCCCAGCACAACAUCACCGAGAACGAGUUUCUUGGUAUACCCCUCACUUAGGUAAGUUAAAUUUCAAUGGGAUUCAAUUUCCAGUAAAAGCUGACAAUGAUACAAUGGAAAAGAUUGAAAAACAAAAUCCAACUAUAUCCGUAUCAAUUUAUGGAUGGAGUGAAAAAGAACUUAUCCGAAUUAGAAUUGCACCUAAAUCCAAAAUUGAUGCUCAACAUAUGGAAGAUUGUGAAGGAAUUAAUACCCCGGUACAAAGAACGGAAAUGCCAAAGGAAGCAGAUGCUGAAACUCUUUCCACUCUGAUUGAAAAAAACCAAGGAUCGAAAACGUCAGCAAUCCAAGAACAUAAAGUUAUAUCAUUUGAUUAUAUAAUUAGACGUAGUGAUGGCAAAACCAAAGCACCAGUAAAAAUUAGAGGUGACGAUCCUGCUGGAGAAUUUAUUAAAGCAAUGGAAAAAGAAGUAGAACAAUAUCAAGACUUUCUCGCAGGAGGUCAUAUAAUUCGAAAUUCUGCAAAGAAAUUAACCAAAAUGUUGCAAUCAGGAAUAAUACCAGAAGAGAUAGCAGAAGAUUAUAUUACCAAUAUUAAUCAUGGGAAUUAG